AUGGCCACCACAUUGACAGAGAGCAACAAGCAAAAAAAAAAAAAAAAAGAAAAAAUAAAACGGAAAGUUUGUGAUGAUGAAUAUCAUCCACCAACUAUCAGAUCUACUAGAAGUACUAGAUCUGUAGCCAUGCACAAACAUCUUCACCAUGUAUCUCAUAGUAUAAAAAAAUAUUUAUCGCAACAUAUUGCCUUAGAUAAUCUAAAGAAACUAGCAUUUUUAUUCUCCCUUCUUUCGUGUCUUGUGGCUGGAUCUAUUUUGUUAUUCACAUUAUACACAGCGUCAUUCCAUGAUUUACUAGGAUUGUCAUAUCUUCAAAUAAAUUCUAUAGCGUCGUUAUCGGCCCUUGGAAUGUACUUUUGCUUGCCAGUUUUGGGGUACCUUGCAGAUUCAUAUGGCCCAGCAUUAUUGUCAUUAUUCCUGAUUUGGUUCUUUUGUCCGAGUUAUUUUGUCAAUAGUUACUUGGUGAGUUUGAAAGUAACUUCGAUCUACGGGUAUUGUAUCACAUUUUGUUUUAUUGGAUUAGCAACAUCAUCGUUAUAUUUCUCCAGCUUGAUUACAUGUGCUAGAAUCUAUCCUGAUCAUAAAGGGUUGGCCAUUUCAUUACCAAUCACAUGUUAUGGUUUGUCGGCAUUAAUUGGAGCCCAGCUUUUGAAAUUGGACUGUUUCCACCAAGGUGGGUAUUUGAAUCUUAAGGUUGUGUUUCUGGUUUUUGGCUGGCUUUAUUUGAUUGUGGGGAUACUUAGUUUUAUUUCAAGUUCAAUUGUCAUUGUGGAACUGGAGUUGUUGUUCAACAUAGCUGCUCCGGAAGAUGACGUUGAUUCUACUGAUGAAGAAUCGCCAUUACUUGAACUCACCCCAACAAGAUCUUUAGAACCACCAAACCAUCACCAGAGAUUUAUAAGAUUUUUGAAGGAUCCAUCGGCGUGGAUUUUAUUAGUAUCGUUGAUCUUGAAUAUUGGUCCGAUGGAAAGUUACCAGAAUAAUCUCAGUUCCAUAUUGAAACAUAGCAAUCACGCAGAUUUAUCGAACCAAGUCAGUCUUAUGGCGGCAUCAUCAACCGUGGCUAGGCUUGUAUUGGGUGUGUUGUCGGAUUAUUUGUCUAAAUACAUCUGUCGUGUGUGGUUGUUGUUGUUUAUUGUUGUCGUUGGUCUUAUGGGCCAAUUGACUGAAACAUCGGCCAUAUUAAACGGGGCUGCUUAUGGGGGUAUGUUUACACUUUAUCCUACCAUCGUUGCAUCUAUUUGGGGGAUUGAUAUCAUGGGCUCAACCUGGGGUUCAUUUAUGGUUGCUCCAGCAACAGGAUCGGUGUUGUUUUCCAUGUUGUAUGGUAAAAACGCCGACUCUUGUUCUACAUGCUUACAGCGAUACUUUUACUUGACCGCAAGUUCAUUAGGCGUCAGUUGUAUAUUAGUACUUAUAGCAUGGAGAUUAUGGUUUAAACGUGGCUUCAAGAAGUUUUAA